AUGUCGCGCUCCGUGCUGCAGCCUAGCGAGCAGAAGUUGGCGGAGAAGCUCACCAUCCUCAACGACUGGGUCGUCGGCAUGGUCACGCGCCUCUACAACAUCAAGAAGGUGCGCACGGGCCGGCGAGGCCUCGGCGGGGGCGGCGGGCAGGCGGAGGCGGGAGGAAGGGCCGGGGAGGCCUGGGCCCUGGGGGCGGCGGGCGGCGGCAGGCCCGCCCAGGGUCGCCGGGAUGCGCCGCGGCCUAAUGCGGAGCCCUGGCGUCUCUCCCGCCGGGUCGCGGGCCGGCCAGGGGCGGAGAGGAGCCAUUUGCCCGCUCCCAGCAAUGGGAACUGGCCGGCCCGGCGUGGGGUGAGGGGCGCCGCCGCCGCCCCCUCCUCGGCGCCCUGGCCCCCGGGACUGGGUCUGCGCGAAAGCGAGGAGGAUGGAUGA